AUGUUGAUCAUGCCUGAUCUCGUUAUGACUGUUGUGCGAAUUUUGGGUUGCUUGGCAGGUGGCUGGCUGCCAGCUUCUUUUCACGAAAAGCUUGCCUCAGAAGCAGUCCGGGGAUGGCAAAAUUUCCGCGAUGUUAUUGGGCCUGGUCUCCCACGCAAUCACGAGCUAUAUAGGCAAUUGUCGCAGAAACAUGCUGGGGCAUUGAACGAUGCAUUCUUUCACUACCAGAAGAGACUGUUCGAGGCAGAAGGCAAUUUUGAACUUGCCAUGUCCCCUGACUUCGAGACCAGUACUCCGCCACCUGAUGCAAACUCGAGCUGGCCAGACAUGAAUGCGUUGCCCGAGUACAAGAAGCUGCGCAAGAUCGUGGAGCGCCUCAGCAGAAGGUAUCUCACAAGGUCGGGGCUGGCACCUGAAUCUGCAAUGGCCUUGAACUACAGCUUGUUCAACUGGGCAGCUGUGCAUGGCCCAGGCGAGUUUCAUGGGCCGCACACCCACGUCGGCGAGUACCACGUGGGGGUCUUCUAUGCUCAGGCUGGUGAUGGUGCUGGAAAGUUGCGCUUCGGCGAUCCGCGAGGACAUAGCCCUCCAUUCGGCCGAUCCUUCUUUCACUCUCCGAGGUCCGGCGACCUGGUGUUCUUCCCGUCUUGGCUCAGUCACAUGGCAACGGUGACGGCUCCGCAGACAAAUCCUACUUCCGGAGAAAGCCCUCCAUUGCGUGUCGUGUUUUCCUUCAACAUUGGACCGGUUCAGGGCCCAAUGCCGUGCCAUGUGUGGUGGAGUGACCCUACCGGCGACAUGCGAUUCAGUCGGAAAUUGGCAUUCAACCCAGAGACGCUGGGAUUGUGA